AUGGCAGGAAAAGUUAGGGGUUGCCGGUGCCACCGUGGACCACCCGUCGAAGCAAUUAUCAAGCUUUUGAGCAUCCAGUUCUCGUAUCCCCAAACUAAUUUAGGUUUUCGAUUCAUUUCGCGUAACGGUGACGUCUGUGUAAGAAACAGAGAAGGGGAAAUGGGAGUAUGCGGAUCGAAGGAAACCGGUUGCAUACGAGUUGGAUUGGGUUCUCGGAAGAAGAAGAAACAUGAAGAUCGUUCAGAUGGAGACGCAAUACCAAAAGUCCGUGAAAGAAGAAGAAGAAGAUUAGGGAGGAAGAAAACAAACGGUGUUACUAAUCGCUAUUCAUCUCGGAGCAAAGUCGAUCCUUCUGCUGAUGCCUGUAAUUCCAUUGAUCGUUCUUAUCGCAACCCUACAUUUCAAGGAAGUACAGAAUGGUUUGAUACUGCAACAGGGAUUGAAUCCGAUGGUGAUGAAGAUUUUUACAGCAUUCAAGAUGAUACUGUAUCUCAAAGCAGUUCCAUUAGUGCAUCAGUAACUCCAAGAUUUUCUGAUCAUGUCAAUGGUGCUUCCUUUUCAACCUCUGAAUCUUUAACAAAACCGAAUGACCUGCCACCUGUCGCCACAUCAGCUGGAUACGAAAACGGAUCUCACAUUUUUGGAUUACAAAAUAAUUGUCUUCCAUGUCUUAAUUGCACAACCUCAACAGAUGUAAAGAGCAAAUCAUCAUGUUCAAGUCCUCAAAGUGCUAAAAAGAAAGUAACUUCAAGACUUUCUUUUAAAUGGAGAGAAGGCCAAUCAAAUCUUUCAAUUUUGUCACCAAAAGCUAUAUUGCAAAGACCAAUUGCAGGGUCUCAAGUUCCAUAUUGUCCAAUAGAGAAGAAAAUGUCUGAUUGUUGGUCAACGCUUGAUCCAAAUACUUUUAAAGUCAGAGGACAUAAUUAUAUAAGAGAUAAAAAGAAAGAAAAUGCUUCAAAUCAAGCUGCUUUUUACCCAAUUGGUGUUGAUGUUUUUUUAUCUCCUCGUAAAAUUGAUCAUAUUGCAAGAUUUCUUCAACUCCCAAAAGUCGAAUCAUCUGGAAAAAUCCCUCCUCUACUUGUUGUAAAUCUUCAAAUACCAUUAUACCCCCCUGGAAUAUUUCAACAUGAAUACGAUGGAGAAGGAAUGAGUUUUGUUUUCUACUUCAAAAUCUCUGAAAACUACGAACAACUCCCAAUCCAUUUUCAGGAAAACAUAAGGAAAAUAAUCGACGAUGAGGUGGAAAGAGUGAAAGGAUUCCCUGUAGACACGAUUUCACCAUGUAGAGAAAGAUUAAAGAUUUUGGGUCGUGUAACAAAUUUAGAAGAUCUUCAUUUAAGUUCAGCUGAAAGAAAACUCAUGAACGCGUAUAAUGAAAAACCCGUUCUCUCUCGCCCUCAACAUGAGUUUUUCUUGGGAGAAAAUUACUUUGAAAUCGACCUAAAUAUGCAUAGAUUCAGUUACAUUUCAAGAAAAGGGUUUGAAGCAUUUCAACAGAGACUAAAACAUUGUAUCCUAGAUUUCGGUCUCACAAUUCAGGGAACUAAGGCUGAAGAAUUACCGGAGUGUAUUUUAUGCUGCCUUCAAUUGAAAGAAAUCGAUUACAACAAUUACAAUCUACUCGGGUUUUAAAGCCAAGCAAAAUAAUAAACUAUUUUCUUUUUUUUUUCUUUGAAAAAGAAAAAAGAAUUUCAAUGAGAAUAUUUUCCGGAGUGUACAGGAAACUAGACUCUGAAAUUUAAAUAAAAUAAUGUAAUUG